AUGUGGUCGCACCUGCAAAACGGAGAGCGUGCGGGCGAGGACACACGCCGCCAAAUCGCGGACCGUGACAUGCGAGAAAAGUUUGGUGCAAACCGCCAGUAA